AGAGCCCCAAGACUAUAGAGAGGAAGGACAGACGACUGCAGUGAGAGCACCAGGGAACUGAAUUACCUGUGGAGGAACUGAGAAAGAAAGAAAAGAGGACGUCUAAACUUUGCUUUCACUUGUAGCUGUUUCAGCCACUGGAAGUAUAAGAAGAUUGCCAUGAUGGCCUUGAACCACAAUGCGCUCCUGUCCUCCUCUUCUGUCCUACAAGUCACUCCGUCCUCCAGCCCAUUUGUCCUUCCCGGUCCGACGCUGAACAUGUCAUCGCGGGAUCCUUCCAACUUCUCUGGCACGGCUAGUGGUAGCGAGACGAUCUUGAGCAACAGUAGCGGAGCGGUCGCUGGCGCAGCGAUCCUCGGCCUCGUGUUCCUCCUCGGCGUCCCUGGGAACGUCUUCAUCGUCUGGAGCAUCUUGGCCCGAGCGCGGCAUCGCUCCAUCACCACCCUCCUGAUCCUGAACCUCGCCUUCGCCGACGGCUUCCUCAUGUUGCUGACACCUUUCUUCAUGGUUUAUUUGUUUCAGCGCAGUUGGAUCUUCGGCCUGGUGCUGUGCAAAGUCCUGUUCUACCUCUGCUGCGCCAACAUGUACGCUUCCAUAUUUCUGAUCAUGCUGAUGAGUCUCCACAGGCUGGUGGCGAUAGUGUGGCCGAAGCGUGUCGGCGCGCUGACGGACCGCAGGACGCUCACGCAGGUGCUGGCAGGACUCUGGGUGCUCGCUUUGGCACUCUCUGUGCCUGUUUUGGUUUUCAGGACCACCAAAGAGGUCAGCAGAGAGCCUCAGAGUCUCGUGUGUGACUGCCAUCACCCACAACCACAAUAUGAGGUGAUGCAGUAUGGUAUGGAAACAUUACUGGGCUUCUUGUUGCCAUACGGCGUGAUCAUAGGCAGUUACGUGUGCAUCCUGCGCAGAAUCCGCAAGACGCGCUUUCACAGACGCAUCCGCAGCGAGAAACUCAUCCUGGUGAUCAUCAUCACCUUCGGACUGUUCUGGCUACCGUACCACAUCAUAAACAUGGUGCAGGUGGCUGCUGCUUUACAUCCAGAAGAUUCUCCCGCAAAAGAAAUCCUAAAAAAGAUCAGGACGAAGCUGCGAGCACUCACCUCUACUGUGGCCUUCGUCAGCAGCUGCAUAAACCCCGUGCUUUACACAUUCGCCGGGAAGUCGUUCAUCCGGCGGGAGGGUCUGGCCUUCAUGGCGCGGCUGUUUGAGGGAACGGCGCUGGAAACGUCGCGGAGGAUCCGGCGCAGCAACCAGAACAGCCGCGACCGAGAGAAGGAGACCGAUGAAGGAGAAAGUCUCAAAGACAAAGACUCAGAUUCCACCACCACCACCACCACCGCUAAUGCAAACUCGGUUAUUAAAGUUGUGCCGCCGAAAAACGGUAAGUGAGCGUCUGGCUGCGGCUCAUUAUGGGGAACUCAAUCUACGGUGAGAGAGCGCUGGACUGUGCGUUGUUCCGGUGUUGCACGGUGUGGUAAAGGUGUGCUUUUCUAACAGAUGGAGGUCAAUCCAAGUUUAUAUUUUAAAAUAAAAACUGUUUACCAAUGGUGUACCCAAAAACAAAAGAGAACAAGAGGCUCAUUGUCAAACCAUCACCAGACCGAGAACUGAGACGGCCACACGGGUUUUAUACAUUGACUAAUGGGCUAAACAAGGAACAGGUUCUAACUGUUAAAAACAUGACAAAGAAAGUUCACAAAUCCGACCUGGAAUACUCUGCAUUUCAGCGCUUUCAAAGAACUGCUUCAUGUGUUUGUCCAGUAGAGGGUGUCACGCAGGGCUGUCCUUAGCUGACGUGGGCCCGGUGUGAGGAAGGGAACCCCCCUCGGUCCAUUCGCGAUCGAGUUCCGGGGUGGGGGGGUCCCCCUUGGUCCGUUCGCCACGGGGCCCCGGUGCGACCGCACUAGUUACACCCCCCUAAGGACGGCCCUGGUGCCACGCAACUGAGAGACAGAUGAACCAUUCAGGUCAUGUCAGAAUAAGACCACUUGCAUGGAUGGGUUCAAAGAUUCAAGACUGAAAGGGAAAACGUUGGGUUGACACUGAAAAUUAAGAGAGAACCCAGUAUCCAAGUCCUGUUUUCUUUCAAAAGAAUUUCAAUGACUUUUCCAUAACAUUUCCAGUAGCUCAUGAUUAAUGUUUAAGGAUUUUGUUUUGUUUAAAGAUUUGUCACAUUGCACUCAAAUACAUAUUUACAUCUGCAUUAUUAAAAAAAUACAUAGAAAUUUCCAUGACAUUUACAGUGAACACGUAUGACAGUAAAGGAGGGUGAACCAGGGUAUGAGACUUUUUUUGGGCAAUGCAACAAUGAAUGAGGUAAAUUAAAGUUUAAGGAUUUUUUUGUUUACUUAU